GGUGUUGAGGGGUCCAUUCUCCAUUCCAACCCGUUUAGGUUGUUAUGUAAAAAGAAAUCGAAGUAGUUAGAUGAACAGGGCCACGAAGCCCAAAUCCCACACCAUCACCAAUCCAACACUGCGAAAAUUUCACACGAGUAGCUCCGGUCAGCUCGCGAUACCAACACCCACUCACCGACACCAAGCGCUAAUCACGUGCAUAUAUAUAUAUAUAUUGUUCUAUUGCGUCCGACAACAGUUUCAUUUCCGACCAAUACAAGAAAUGGCGUCCACGUACAGAGAUCGGACGGCGGAGUUCAGAUCACUAUCGGAGACUCUGAAGAAGAUCGGAGGAAUCACAGCCGUUCAUCAUCAACAACCCGAAAACGACCUAGCUUCAUCGAAACCAUUGACAACACCACUACCACCACCAGCAGUAGCAGCAGCAGCAAACUCUUCUAGAUCCGAAUUCAAGAAGAAGGCCUCGCGGAUCGGGUUGGGGAUCCAAGAGACCUCACACAAGAUCACAAGGCUCGCCCAAUUGGCGAAAAGGUCAACAAUGUUUGAUGAUCCAAUUGUGGAAAUACAGGAAUUAACUUCUCUGAUAAAGAAUGAUAUUACGACGCUGAAUGUAGCUCUUUCAGAUUUACAAACCAUUCAAAACAUUGAAAUAGCGGAUGGGAAGUAUUCUGAGGAUAGAGUCGGACAUUCCACGGCAGUUUUUGAUGACUUGAAGAGCAAACUUAUGGGGGCUACAAAACAGCUACAAAAUGUUUUGACAACAAGAACAGAGCAUAUCAAGGCUCAUGAAAAUAGGAAACAAAUGUUUUCCAAGAAUGCAUUAAGAGAGAACCCUUUUCAGCAUCAUGCAAAAACUGUGACUGAGCCACCCCCUUGGUCCAAUUCAUCAAAUGGAGAUGCAAAUGCACAACCAUCAGCAUUGCCACAAAAUGGAGUUCAAGUUGGCAGCCAGCUGAGACGAAGGUUAGCUGUUGAGAAUACUCCAUCCCAGCAUAUGGAAAUGUCAAUGUUACAGCAGGUGGUUCCAAGGCAGGAAAAUUAUGCACAAAACCGGGCAGUUGCUCUUCACAAUGUGGAAUCCACUAUUUCAGAACUCAGUGGGAUCUUUACACAUUUGGCUACAAUGGUUGCACAGCAAGGGGAACUAGCAAUCAGGAUUGAUGAUAACAUGGAUGAGUCACUGGCAAAUGUUGAAGGUGCUCGCAGUUCUCUUUUGAGGCAUCUUAACCAAAUAUCAUCAAAUAGGUUGCUUAUGAUAAAGAUAUUUGCCAUUUUGAUAUUUUUCCUUGUGUUAUUCAUUUUCUUUGUGGCAUAAAUGUCAUUAUGGGAACCAACAUACAAUUCUUGCUGCAUGGGGUUUCCAGGCUUUCUCCAUGUCCAUCUAUUGGCUAACUUGUCAGGAAUAGGUUACCUUUAUGUGGGAAUGAGUAGGCUCACUUAUUGUGUAUAUUUACUUGGCAUUUCCAUUUUACAAUUUUUUGCUAUAUCUUGUAAAAGCUUCUAGCUAUCUCUAGAGAAGCAUAUAUAUAGCAGUAUUUGUUUUUGAGUUGUGUGCAUUCAUCAAGUGAUUGAGCUUGGAAAUGUAUAUGUGAUUGCAUAUUAAUAUUGAUACGAAAUUUUGACAACAUUAUGUGAUAUUGUCUUCAAUCCUUAUAAAUACCAGUGAGCAUCACUUUUUUAUUUCCUUCUUGAGAUCAUGGGGGUUGUCUCUA